AUGGAAAGUCCCAUUGAUGCCCGUACUGGGUUAGCUAUAACUCUCAAUCGACCACUCUCAACUUCCGUCGCCUGUAGUGGCUCCGUAUGCGCAUGUACUGCCGCUGUGCAGCAUGCAGCGAACCACGAGUACCUCACCUCGUGCAAACCGCUCGAGUGGAUUUUCUCGACGCAAAGGGGCGACAGCGGCUCUUCCUCCCGACCGAUCUACGCCAGCGCUCUCGGCCCAGACCUCCCCGAAAUGCCGCGUAACGACAGCAAUAUCUCUGCCAAAUUCGCUGCGACACACUUUCAGUCAAGUGCUCCAUACGACUUGACAAACUACCAGCUUGGUGCAAAACGGCAGCAAAUGUCAACCAAUUUGUUUGCGCUCUAG